AUGGAGCCUUGCAAGACCUGGGAUGUUUCCACCUUGGUGUCGCCCAACCUGCCGCGGAGAAGACAGCUCCACUUCAGGUCGGCAAAGUCGUUGUCGCUUCCACUGCUGGAGACAAGCGAUGGAAAACAGCACGCUGAACGCACGUCCCAAGUCCGUGCGUUGCACGCGGACACUUUGGUGGUCGAAGCAUGUCAAGCGGAGGCUCCAGAGGCACUCCUGGGCCGUGCACGGCUGCUGCGCAACGUGUUUGCCGCACUGGUGGCCUGCUUCAUGGGAGCCACAGACGGCUUGUCCCUAGGUGGCCUCCUGUUUCCUUCAUCUCUCAAUUUUCCGAAUCACGAUUAUCAGGCGCUGGGCAUGUCCAUCGGUCUGCUCACGACUCUGGUUGCCAAUGCUGGGAGCCUCAUCGGCUCUGAGAUCAAGUUCGGGGUGGCCGGCGCCAGCAUUCCGACCGUGAUCAUUAUGGCAGAGUAUUUCAAGACGCUGGGCCCUUCAAAAUGCAACACCAUCUACACCAUGGCGGCCAUUUGCACGGUGCUGAUCGGCAGCUGCAUGUGGCUGGUGGGAUAUCUGCGUUUGGCUCGACUGGUAAAGGCUUGUCCCUUUGUGAUCUACGGUGGAUUUAUGGCUGGCACUGGAGCCGUCCUGCUGCAAUAUGCCUUGAACCUGAUGACUCCAGGCUUUGUCAGUUUGGUGGAGUUGGGCAGUUACAGUUGUCUUUUGGAGCUGAAAUGUUUACAUGAAUGGCUUCCUGGCAGCAUCGCGGGCCUCGGGAUGUUUACCCUGCGCGCACGGAAUGUGAAGCUGCCCUACAUCGCGCAGGAUCUUUUGAUUCCCUGCGUCCUGUUGGCAGAGGCUGGCGUUUUCUUUCUCUGGAUGCUCAUCAGGGGCUCCAGUCUGGAAGAUGCCCGAAAGGAUGGCCUGCUGUUUCCGGUGCAGAUGCCGCAACAUCCUGUUUUCUACCGCAUCUGGACGCAACACUUUGAGUCGGAACCGGUGGAUUGGCAAGAAUUUGUGUGUCCAACGUUCUGGCUGACCGUUGUGAACGCAGCUUGCAUCUCUGCACUGACGGCUGUCAUGAAUAUAUUUGGCACUGCAUCCUCCACAAAGAUUCGAGUGGACAUUGACCAAGAAAUGAUGCUCCAUGGUGUUUACAACAUGGGCAGUGGCAUGUUAUCUGGACUCAGCGCCAACAUGGUGAUGUCCUUCAGCAUUACCUGCAGGACCCUAGGUGCAGAUGGUGAACAGUUUCAGAUUUUGCUCUUGGUUUUUUCCAGCCUCGUCUUUGUUUUUGGGGACUACGUGGUAGCGGUUCUGCCGAAGCUGCUGCCUGGCUCUGUACUGGUGUGGCUCAGUGCUGAACUCAUGGCUUUCUGGGUCUGGAACUCAUUGCGCUUCCUCAGAGCCUAUGAGUACUGCCUGGUUUGGGUCAUGAUUCUCAUGUAUGUGAUCUUGGGCACCGCUCCCAUGAUGCUUUUUGGCUUCAUCUCCGUGGCCGGCAUCGUCCAAGCGCAACUGGCCACACUGCCGGUGAUCGCCGCGCGACAGACCCUGGACGGCUUGGGCAAACUACGCAGCCCGCGGCUGCACACCACCUGCGACCGGGAAUACCUCAACCGGGUGGGGUCACAAGCAGAGGUCUGGCGCUUGGGCACUGCCUAUCUCUACUUCGCCUCGAUGCGGCAGAUCGUCCAAGCACUGGAGCAGUUCAGCUGUCAGCCACACAUCUCCUACCGACAGCCUGGAGUGCCUGGAGUUGAUAAUUCGGAUCUGCCGGAGUUUUCCUUCAGUCAUGCAGUCAGCUGUGAAAUUCGAGCGCACCCGGAGUACAUCGUUCUAGACCUGGACCUGGUGAGACAAAUGGAAUCCACUGCAGUAAGUGCUUUUCAAGAGGUCCUGAGCGUGGCCAACGAAAUGGGUUGUUCGCUGAUUUUGGCCCGACCGGAUCCCAGUGUCCUUCUGCAGAUGCAAAACUUUGGGUUGCCGCUCUUCGACCUUCGCGACAAGAUCCCCAAAGAUGCUUCAGCCCUAUUGGUGGCUAAUACCUUGGAACAUGCUCUGGAGAUGGUCGAGGAUGCUUUCUUGAGGAAGUACCAACCUGCGCCGGGGCACUGCCGGGGCCACACACAUUUUGGCAUCAGGUCGACAUUGUCGCGCUGGGUGAAUCCGUCCUCGCCUCUCUUCGGUGUAUGGCUUGAUUUCCAUGUGUGGCUGGACAGUUACUUUCCCAGCUACAACCCACAGCUCUUGGCGCAGCUGGAAGACUAUUUGGAAAUCCGAAAACUGCAGCAGAAGGAAGUGGUCUACCGAGCCCCCAACUUCCGAUGCCUUCAGAGCGGCGCCUGGAUGACUGAGGCAGCUGAAGGCCGAGUGCCUUUGGUUUGGCUCUUGCAGGGGGGGGUGGAUCACAUCUGGAACCCCCACUGCGAAACGGAGCAGGCGGUGCGCGCCUUCCAAGAUUUGCAUCGGCUGCAGCCGGGUUUGCCCUUCGAAAAGGCGCGCAUCAGCGAGACGACGGGCUCCUGGUGCGCUGGACCCUUCAGCACCAUGAGGGCCUUUUUGGCAGCAACCGCUCAUCCUGGAACGCUGAUUGCCACAGACGCCAGCACGGUAGCCAUUUUGCGACAAGAGAAGUACGAUGAGCUCUCGGCAGACCUUCGGAAAAUGCUGAAUGCUUAUCUUCUCAGACAGUGGCCUACCUAUGUGAGAACGUGA